CCCCGGGCCGGCGGGGCGGUGCCGCUCCGCCCCCGGGGCGGUUCGUGCUCCGGGCCCAUGGCGGAGCCGCGGCCGGGGCUGGUGCUGCUCUUCCAGCGCCGCUUCCUGGCGGCGCGGCCGCUCAGCUCGCUGCCCUGGCCGGAACUGGAACAAAGCCUGCGGACUGCGCCGGGCUCGGCGCUGCUGGCGGAUAUCCUGCACGAGACAAUUCUUCACCCUCUGUGUGUGAAAUAUCCCCCUUCAGCCAAGUACAGGAGAUGCUUCCUGACUGAGCUCAUCAAAAAGCAUGAAUCCACAGCAGCUGAACCCCUGGAUGAACUCUAUGAAGCACUGGCAGAUGUUCUAAAAGAAGAAGAAGGAUCUACUCACUGUUACAAAAGCUACUUACUGCCCUCGGGGGACAGCGUGAGCCUCUGCGAGAGCACGGCGCUGGUCUGCGGGGGCACCACGGGGCUGCUCACCUGGGAGGCUGCCCUGCUCCUGGCACAGUGGGCACUGCAGCACCCCGGCCUCUUCAGGGGCAGGACAGUCCUGGAAUUGGGGAGUGGGAUUGGCUUCACUGGAAUUGCCAUCUGCAAGACCUGCCAGCCCAGGACAUUCAUAUUCAGUGACUGCCACCCCCGUGUCCUCAGACAGCUGGGGGAAAACAUCCAGCUGAAUGGCUUCACCCCAGAGCCUGACGUGGCCUGGAGCACCCAAACAGAGCCCCAGGGACAGGAGGUGCCAGGACAGAACUGCCAAACCCCAAAAGUGAUUGUUGCUGAGCUUGACUGGGGCUCAGUGACAGAAAAACAACUGCUGGCUCUCAGAGCUGAUGUUGUCAUUGCAGCAGAUGUGGUGUAUGAUCCUGAGAUAAUUUUAGCCCUUGUUGGGAUGCUACAGAAACUCUCCACCUCCAGAGCAGGCAGGAAAGCUCCUGAGGUGUUCAUUGCCUCCACAAUCCGAAAUCCAGACACGCAUCAGCUCUUCCAGGCUGAGCUGGGUAAAGCUGGGAUCAGGUGGCAGGUGAUUCCAGCCCACAGCAGCUGUAAUUUCCUCUAUGAUGUGCAGCCAGAUGUGACUAUUCUACAGCUAUUUAUAUAGGCUUGGCAAACAGAACUGGAAUUUUGAGACCAACAGGAGCUGCCUCAGCCUUGUAACAAGAUUAGCCUGAAUUCUGGAAACGAGGUUCUGAGGAUACAGCUGGACAGACACAUGGAGUCCUUCCUUCCUUCCUCUAAUUCCCAGCAUGGAUCCAAGCCUGCAGCUGCCCCUGGGAAGUGACUGAACCUCAAGCAAGAGAAACCAAAAGCCCCAAUCACACUUCACUUGGAUUCUGUAGAAGACAGCAGAGUUCAAACAGUUUUUUUCCCAACUGUGUUGUGAUUUGUGACUGGGGGCAACCUGCAGAUCACAGGAUGAGGAUCCCCCACAGACAAGGGAGCAAAGCAAUCUUUCAGAGUAAUCAAUGGGUUUUGGUUUCAAAACCUGCUGUAAUUGUCUACUCUGGUGGUUUAUGUCUGUGUGUACUUGCAGUUGGGGUUAGCUUAAAAGCCCCCAAUAAACAGUGACCAGUUCCUGUAGUUGUGCCCAGGAUGACUCUGCUGUAAAUCAGGUGCAUCUUUACUCUGUAGUGAUGACAAGUCAGAAUUGAUGUCCCUUUCUCUCACAGCCACUUCCACAGUGGCUGCUGGGAAUGAAAAAGGAAUCACUCUCCAUAGCAGAGUUCCAGGUAUGCUGCAGAGGGGAAGGACUGAGCUCCCCUGCUCUGAAACUUCUCAUCAUCCAUUAAUCACUCUCCUGUCGGGCAGAACUGGUCCUGAAGCAUAGAAAUCAAAGUGAUGCUCAUUCUUCUCUUUUAGCUUCCUUUUCUCUUUUAAAAACUACUUAAAAUUAAAUUUAAAAACUUCAACCUCUUGUAGCAAGGGAGAGAAAACUGAUGAUACCUAACUUGGAACCUGAAGAAUCUUCUUAUUCUUCAAGCUAAAGGAGACCAUGACUGCUGGGAUCAAGCAGAAAUAACCCAGCCCAGGUUUUGGCUCCCUGUCCCCAAAGAGAAAGACCUCAAAGACGUUAUUUCCAGAGUAAGCACAAACUGGCAGCCUACACAGGAGCUCCUUUAUCUCCCCUUACACAAAAUUCAAGACAAAGGUUCUGUACAGAGCUCAUUUUGGAUUUAAAAAGUUCUGUUAUGUGAAGAGGAAACCUCUCUAAAGCUUUUGGCAUUACUGUUGAACUAGAGAAGUGCCUAAUUUACCUCCAUAUGCACAGGAAUGGCCAAACCUCUAGACAGGAUUUUGACUGAAAACAGAAAAAAAAACCACUAAAAAAUUGGCAAAUCAAUGUUCAUGGAUUAUUCUUCAAUCAAUAAGCUGGAGGUUUUGCCAAAUUCCUGUAGUAAAGCAACUUGACCCUAUUUUCACCUUUUCUCUUUUGACAAAAGCAGAUAUUCAAUAGUUGCUCAGAGUUUAAAACUGCUGGUGCAGAACCCGCUGUCCUCACCUCCCACCCUGAAGCAGCAGCUCUGAGGAGCAGUAAACACAGUCUAAGCCAAGCACAUUUACCAAUGACUGACAUGUGAUGAUGACAUUUUAUCAUCAAAAAGGUGAUGGAAAAAAACCUGUAAGCUUUAGGCUUGCAUGUGAAUACUGAGCUUAAUAAAAAGCUGAAGGUUGUACCUGA